CAUCCUCCUCCUCCUGCACUGCUGGCCUCCCUCUCUCUCCCUCUUUCUCCCCUGUGUUUCACCGGCAGCAUCACAACAGCAGACAUUUGGCGAUCAUCGCAAACAAGGACUGCGGUGGCGCACUGACACUGACUGUGACGCUCCUGCAUCAUCGUGGGAGCAAACACUGGAUUGUAUUCUUUUUUUUUCCAGUUUUUGAUUUGUGAGCUGUGUAUUCUUCCUCUGACUCCUCUUCUCCUCCCUCCUCCUGCCCUGCGCGCGCUCCUCGGUGUGGAUGCUUGGAUGCAGAUUUGACGGUGCUGUUCAGGCAGCGCGUCUGAUUGCAGGCUUGCGGCCGGGGGAGGGGGGCAUCCGCUCGGUGAGUGAGUGGGAGAGAGAGAGAGCGACUGACACCGACACUGUCCACGGCCGCGUCUGUCCUCUCCCUGCCCCUGCCGCUGUGACUGUGAAUGGACUGCGCCUCCUCCGUGAUUCUCUGCAUUCGCUCUGAGUCAUUUGUGGUGGAAGAAGAUGGCGGACAGGGCUGAGAUGUUUUCUCUCUCCACUUUCCAUUCCCUCUCUCCUCCUGGCUGCAGGCCAGCCCAUGACAUCAGCCUGGAGGAGUUUGACGAUGAAGAUCUCUCUGAGAUUACAGAUGACUGUGGGAUUGGUCUCAACUAUGACUCUGAUCCAUAUGAAAAGGAUUCUCUCAUUCUGGAAAAGAGUGACAUGCACCACCCAGUCUGCUCCUUCCAGGAUGACUUCCAAGAGUUUGAAAUGAUUGAUGAUGAAGAUGAGGACGAUGAGGAAGAUGAUGAUGAUGAUGAUGAGGUUGACCCUGAUGCACCUCCAUCGCCAUUUGCGUCCCCUCCUCUCUCCCCUACUCUUGGAACUCUAAAGAGCAGACCCACCACACUGAACCUCACCACCGCUGUGUCGCAGGAUUCUCUGAACAACAACAGCAGUCUGUCUCCAAAGAAAGGAAGCUGGCAGGACUCCCUACGCAACCCCACCUCACAGGGCCGUCUGUCCCCAACCCACUCAUGUCUGGAGGAUGGUAGCCAUGUGACAGGCCAGUGUCCAGCCUCUCCAGUUUCCCAGGCGCCAGUGUCUCAGAGCAAAGGUACUCCACCAAAACAGACAGGGGAGGGUAGGAACCCCCAGUCUCCUCACAGGCCCCUCCUCUGCGACAUGGAGGGCAACAGGCGCGAGCGGCCCGAAUACGGUUCAUUUGGUCAACUUAAGUCCCACUCCAUCUCUGGUGAUGUCACCGAGCCAAAACCAGACCCUUCCAUUCAAACAACCAGGGUACCCUCCAUAGAUGAGCACUCCCAGUGUUCAGACACAGAGGUGGACCAUGACCUCAACAAUGACCACAUUCACAAACAUUCAAACCGCUGUACCACUGACACCUACACAAUCACCAGCGAGUCAGGUUUGGAGCCAGAGAAUGACCUAGACCCAGAUGGAACCAGUCACUGCUUGUCAUCCACUGCUCCCAUUGGAGCCAAUGAUGGGGCCGACACACCUUUGUCUGAUGAAGAGCUUGAUAAGGAUUUUGAAGUGGAGUUUAUGUGUAAAGAGACCUACGAUAUGGUGUGUAAAGAGAAUCGGUCAUCAUAUGUUGAAUUCCCCCCCAUUGAACCCUCUGAGCCCCCUUCCUUCUCCAGCUAUGUGUCCUCUAGCCACUCUGAGGCUUUUGAUCACUCCACCAGUUCAGAUGCUCGAGGUAAUUCCAACAUGGACGCAGCAGCUAACAACUCCACCUCCCCAUCCUCUGAUCCAGGGAUUGCAGAUAUGAACCAGCAGGGUUACAUGACGUCAGACCAGGACAAAGAUCUCAGUUCUCCGGGCUCUGACUCUGACCUUGAAGGGGAGCUGGAGGCAGCAUUUGCCUGCGGAGGUCCUGUAGUUUCCAACAUGAUCUCCUCUAUUUCAGAGACAGAGCUGGACCUUACUAGUGAUGAGAGCAGCAGUGGACGUUCAUCUCAUCUCACCAACUCCAUUGAGGAAGCUAGCUCACCCACAUCAGACCAGGAACUGGACCCAGAUACAGAGUUAGAGCAAGACAGUGGCAUUGUUGGACUGAAAGCCUCUCUAUUUCUUGGCCAGCCUGACCCAAUCAAAGAAGGAUCUCGUCUACCAUCCCCAUCUCCUUUACCCUCACCCACAAUUGCCACACCAUCCCCUGUUGACUCACCCAUCCUACCCCCUGAGUCUUACGAUGAUGGCCAAGCUCUGAUGGGGCUGCAGAAUGUGGAUGAUGAGCUGUCCUGUGAGCAUCAGGCUGACCCAGAUGAGACUCUACCACCUGCACAACGCUGUGAAGACAGUCUGUCAAGACAGAUGGUGCUCCAGAUAGAACCAGACCACAGCCUAGAAAGCUUCAAGCGCUCCUUCUACCUGCCAGUGGGUCCUAGACUAAUGCCAAAUGCAGAUGAUUACGAUGGAAUAAGUGAGGGAGAAUCAGAAUCAGAAAGUGAAGAUGAUUUGAGUGAGAAUUCAGACUCACCGUGGCUACUCAGCAACUUGGUCAACAGAAUGAUCUCUGAGGGCUCAUACCCAAUUAGCUGUCCUGAGGAGUGCUUAAAGAGGAAGGCAUCUGUGUCAGACACAAUCUCCCCAUCAUCAGACAUUGGUGAAGGAGAUGGAUUCAAUGAUGACGACCAAGAGAAGAAAGCAGAGCUGCUGGAAUCAGAGGAAGAAGAGGGUGGUGAUGGGUACAGAAUGGAAAGGAUGGACUCUGGAGAAAGAGGAAGUGUGAAGUCUUCAAAGGAAGAAGCAAUUAUAAGUCCUUGUCUCUAUAUGAACAACUCUACAAGUGACAAUUUAGCCCCUCUCAUUUUAGAACGGUUUGUAAACAAUGAGAGUGGAACUACGGAUUUCAGCUCUGUGUAUACCACAAAAGAGUCUGAGAAGAACUUUACAGACAAACUAUCAAAGAACGUCAGGAGACAAGAGGAUGAUGUAGAGCCCAAUAAUGAUUUAACGAUGCUGGAGGGGGGAAAGGAUCUGGACUCACCAAGCCUCAGUGAGAGUGUGGUCAGUGACAAGGAUGAGGGACGAGAGACGGAGCCCAACAAGCCAGCAAACCGCUCCUCAGCCUCUCUUGAGCGUAUCACUGAGGUCAAACAUAGCCUGACGCUGGACAUCCCUACUACCCAGACCAACCGCUGCUUUAGCCUUACCUACUCUACAGACAAUGAUGAGGAGGAGGAGGAGGAGGGGGACUGUUAUCCAUUCCUUGACGGCUUGGCGAAGCAGUCCUACAGAGAUAGUGAUUUGGGACUUGACAGUUCACCGCCAGUUGAUUCCAGCGUGCAAGACCAUCGUUUAUCUGACCAUGACCUCCCACUGUGUGAAAAGGAUCUGGCUCUGAGGGAGCCAAAUGAAGAUGAUGGACUGGCCUAUGACUCCAUGAAGUACACACUAGUGGUUGAUGAAAAUACCAAGCUGGAGCUAGUCAGCCUUAGAAGGUGCACCUCUGUUCUGAGCGAUGACAGUGAGCUGUCCACGCUAUGUGACGAGGAGCCUUUGGGAACAACUGAGGUGGGCUACGGUCGAGAUGAUGAGAAGGGGAGAGCAGAACUUCUCAGUUCUUCUGAGGACUCCUCCCCCGAAGCUGACCUCCCAUUCUCCAAGAAGUUUCUGAAUGUGUUCGUCAACAGCACUUCCCGUUCUUCCAGUACAGAAUCUUUUGGACUUUUCUCGUGCACCAUUGAUGGAGAAGAGAGGGACCAGACACACAGGGCAGUAUACAGGUUCAUUCCCAGACAUGCGGAUGAACUGGAGCUGGAUGUGGACGAUCCUUUGUAUGUGGAGGAAGAAGAGGAUGACUACUGGUACAGAGGUUAUAAUAUGCGGACAGGAGAGAGGGGCAUCUUUCCUGCAUUUUAUGCCCAUGAGGUCAUGGGCCAGUCAAAGGAGGUGUUGGGGAUGAAGAGAAAUCCAGCAUGGAUUGAGACGUUCAGCGUUCAGUUUUUGGGCUCCGUUGAAGUACCGUAUCAUCAAGGAAACGGUAUCCUCUGUGCUGCCAUGCAGAAGAUUGCCAUAUCGAGAAAACGGACGGUACACGUGCGACCUCCAUCUCUGUGCGAGUUGGAGAUUAGCUUGCAGGGAGUGAAACUGAUCAUGAGCCUGGAGGAUGAAUACGACUCCCUCGAUGAGGUGUGGAUAAAUGAAUACGACAGAUGUAGCCACUUCUUCCAGAUGAAGAACAUCUCGUUCUGUGGGUGUCAUCCAAAGAACAACUGCUACUUUGGCUUCAUCACCAAACACCCCAUGCUCAACAGAUUUGCUUGCCAUGUGUUUGUUUCCCAGGAGUCAAUGCGACCUGUAGCAGAAUGUGUUGGACGAGCCUUCCAAGAGUACUACCAGGAACAUCUGGAGUACGCCUGCCCCACUGAGGACAUUUACCUUGAGUAAGAAGAGUUGCCGUGACGACCAUCUUCUUCCUCAGCUUGUAUAUGUUCGUCAAGACGGCCACUAGAGGGCACUGCAAGCGGGGGUCAUCUCUCCCUUGUAAACUACUCUCCUGUGUUCCUCCUGUGUGGGAACUUCAUUUCUACAGUAUGCUAGGCAUUUGACUUGUUCCUUCAUCUCUCUCUCUCCUCUCUUUGUUUAUUUCCAUCGCCUCGAUGGAGUGAUUGCCUGUUUCUUUUAUCUUUUUCUAUGAUGUAAAACGAAGACGCUGAGCACCUGUUUAUUUAAAAAGGUUCCUCUUUUGAAAUGAAACUAUGUACCUACUAUUGCUGUUUCACUUUUCAAUGCAUGGCUAGUAGGGUUAAUGCACACAGACACACCAAGAUACACACAUAUCCAAGCGAAUGGCAACAAGCAGCUCAACAAUCGGGUAAGGGAGUGGUGUAGAAUCAAGAGGUUGGCAUUUGGUUAACUGUAAAUAUGUAUUUGUUCAAUAUUGAGAAAAAAAAACAACAACAGCUAAUUAGAUUUCUACAGAUAGUGACAUUGGAGCAAAGUAGAGACAGUACAGUGAACCGUCCUUGGUCUGAGCUUAUCCCCGUGUCGCGUACGAGAAGUAGUGUGUGUUGUAAAUACGUGUAUAGAAAGCAGACAUACAGGCGCCUCAUCCACUCUAAUUAACAGCACUCACAGUUGAGACUAGUGGAGGGAGUUUGUCCUUAUUCGUGUUGUGGGUAUUCAUGACUCACUCUGACAGGAAUAACUGCAGGUGUAUGCAGUGUCAGGAUGGUGGUAAUGACUUGCAAAAACCUUUGAGCAUCAUUUAAGCCCUGCGUAUAUUUUAUUCAGCUUGGACGCAGCGCAGUAACUGUCAGCACCUUCAGAGGAUAUAACAGAACCAUUUCACUUUUGUCCAGUAAUCAAAAAUGCACUGCUUGUUGGCCUUCGACAUGGGGAGCUUUCACAGGAACAGGAAAGGAAUGAUGUGUCCACUGUUUGACUGUGGAUCACUGUAUGCUUUGCAAUGAUUGAUGUGACUUUCAGGUCAAAGAAAGCGAAGGCCCCGUGAAAAGCCAUAAUCUCACACCUCUGACUGUUCAACUCUGGUUUUCAGUGACGUUCUUUAGUCUUUGUUUUCUUUUGGACUUUGCCGUUUAAACGAGGGCAUAGAGACGACUGAUUUGACUUAUAGCUGAGUGUCGGUGAAGCUGUACGGCCCGUGUGCCUACUCUGCAGAGAGAGCAACCUGCUCAUAAUCAAACCUGAUAUCAUAAUGCAAAAUUCACCUUUAAAAAAGCAUUACACGCAAGGUUUUAUAGUUAUGUAAAUGGUUAGACUUUGAGGUUGUUUUCAACAGUGAAGGGCAGAGGGAAUGUAUUUAUUUAUUUAUUGCUUUUAGUUUGGUCAAGGGUUAAGUCAUUAUGGUUACAUAAUAACUUAAUGGAAAAGAUGUUUCAGCAGCUAUUUUCUAGCACCUUACAUAAGGGAAGGUUAUAUUUUAAAGUAAUGCAGUCAGCACAGUUGACUCUUUUUAUUUAUUGAUUUAUUUUUUCAGCUUUCCAUCCACAAAAUCCUUAAUGUUUCACAUCUGCUUCACCAGAACAAACAAACAAACACCUCAGAUCUGCAGGGCUUCAGUGUUUAUAUGGCAGGAGGAAGGUUGGGUGUUAUCUACAUAUGUAUCGCUGUCAGUUAGAUCAUGUAUAUACUAUAGCGAAUCUAAGAUAGUGCCGUGUCCUUUAUGUUGAGUAUGUUCCUGAAAUGACUAUGUACAUUACUUCUAAAUAAACUUUAAAAAAAAAAGAUCACAAGCAGACGACACCCCCCCCCCC